AUGGUGCUUGCACGGCGGCGGAGGAUGGGAGUCCAUCUUUUGCGGGCCUUGACCUGCUCGCUGGCUUUGGGUGAGUCGUCGUCGAAAGAAGGCGUGCACAUCUGCCGAGAUACACCUGGCUGGUCGAACGGGUGGUCAGGCUGCGCGUGGCUGCCUGGUGGCAAGGAUCCUGCACUAUGCAGACCUACUAUCAAUGCCAGCUGGCCAUCAACCUCAGGUUGGACUUGUGAGUACUACCGGCAGCAGGGCCUUUGCGGGAAGCUGAACGGCGUCGUGAGGGAGAUCCGACAGUCUGCAAGGGGACGACUGCACAACUGGCCUGAGAAGAACUGCUGCGGCUGCGAGUCUCAGGAUGACACUUCGUGCAAUCGGCAAACUGGAAAAAGCUGCGCCUUGGAAUUUGGAUUUUGCGGCGCAUCUCGAGGGCCGGCCUACUGUCAUAACCUCUCCACCUGCCUUUGCUUGCCGGGUCACUGCGCCUCCACGGAGGGCUACUGCUCGCUUCAAGUUCCUGUGCAGGAGUUUGCAACGCCUUCUGCAUCACCAACAUCAACAACAUGUCGGGACACACCUGAUUGGGCAAAUGGUUGGUCUGCUUGUGCGUAUGAAGAAGGUGGUCGGAACUCUGCAUGGUGCAAGCCAACACCAGGAGCAGUGUGGCCAUCCACAAUGGGGUGGACAUGUGCGUAUUACAGAGAAAAGGGCCUCUGCAAGAACGGGAACAUCAGCACAUGGGCCAUGGGCAAGAUGCACAACUACCCCGAGCGAAACUGCUGUGGCUGCCAUGCACUCCAGAACACGACAUGCAACAGGAAUACUGGUGGCUUGUGCAGUUUCGGCUUGUGCGAUCCGUCCCGGGGGCCUACUGUUUGCGUCGAUGGCAAAUGCCUAUGUCAAGAGGGACACUGUGGCACAACUGCCGGCGUGUGCUCUCUGACAGUCGAGGCCAUCGAGGAGUCGCUGCUCACACCAGAGCGAGUCCAUGAAGUAGCAGGGCAAGCAACCAAAGCCGGGAUUUCAGCUGCAGAAGCAGCGCGAACAGCUGGUAAGAGCGCUGCAGACGACGUGAAUGCUGCAGCCACCGCUGCAGGCCGAGCUGCGAUUCGAGCUGGUUUGUCAAGGGAGCAGGCGGCAGAGGCAGCAGCUGACGCAGCCGGGCAGGCAGCGUCCGAGGCGAAAGCAACACCGCAACAAGCGGGCUCAGCAGCUGCUGACUGGGUCAGGAAGCAAGAGAAAUCGGCAGGGACGCGACAGGACGAGCAGGCACUCGCAGCUGCAAAGUCUGCUGCGAGAGCUGCGGCCAAGGCAGCCAAGCUGAUUUUUCUCACAGAGCAGCAAACAGCUUACGCCGCACAAGCUGCGGCACUAGAGGCAGGAUUGGACAGCGGUUUGUCCUUGCAGCAGGCUGAAUCCCUGGCAGUGUCCGCGGUUGCCCCAGGGCAGAAGAAUGAGCCAGCCAAAGGCGCAGCCAAGGCGAGAUUUGGACCAGAUAUAGUUCAGGACGCAUCAGAGCAGUCUUCAAGCAACUCGGGCCAGCAGAUUCUCGGAUGGGCAGCUGCUCUUCUGAUCCCUGUGGCUGGGGCCUGCUUGUAUUGCUACCUUCGUCGCAAAGGUGCUCGGGGCCACCGACGCUUCAAUGACGAGCCACAGUUCUCGUCAGAUGAUGCAGAAGAGUGA